AUGCAAAAUUCAAUGACAGAUCUUUUGGAGGGAGGAUCGCUUUCUUUGGUAAAAUCUUGGUUGUCAACCAGUUUUCCAAACGAAAAAACUUUACCAUUACAAAUCCCGGUCAUAGCGGACAUUCUUUUGAAGCAAAAAUGUAUUAAAAAUCUUGGAUUGAGUGAACAUGGUCUUAUAGUUCGUAAAAACUGGUGCACUAGUCUUACUCGCAUGUUGCAUCACAAAGACUUUCGACUUCGCUGGUCUGCUAUUAUUCUAAUAGAUUGCACCAUCUCUCAGAGUUAUGAAUGUCUCAUUGAGCAUGGCGUUACAUGGGUCAAGUUACUGAUUCAAUUGUUAAAUCGACCUGAACUUCCAAGAACUUUAGAAAGUGCAAUCAGUACUGUCUCUAAGAUUUUCAUUUCUUCUUCAGGCAAACCAGGAAUCACUCGAGAGCUUGUAACUCCUAACUUGUCCUCAUUUAUAACUGCUUGUCUUCGAGUAGGCGAAACUGGAAAAUGUUUGGAAACUAUUUUUGUAUGUCUAUAUCAAAUUUUACUUCAUCACGCUCCUACUUUUCGUCCUAUAAGCUCUUCUAUAAAAAAACUUUGUAUUCAAGUGUUGGAAGAGAACGAAAUUAUUGAUUCACCUCUGAAAAAGAAGGCUGCUGUUCUGUAUGCAUCUCUGUAUCGAUGCCAAGGAAAAGGGAAUCUUUCAGACAACUGGAAAAAGGACUUUAUAAAUACGAUACAAGAAUAUCACGUCGCUUUGAAUUUCCUUUUUAAUUUAGUCAUAGAGGAACAAACGUAUGCGGAUGCCGCAAGAGAUGAGGAAUUAAGUUUUCCAAAGAUCAAAGGUCAUUAUGAGGAAUGCUAUCAGAUGGCUCUACAAAGAUGUAGAAAUCUGCAUUUGGUACUCAUGUCUUUUUUGUCUACUAAAACUGAAAAGUCGGUAUCUAUGCCAGUAAGCCAUUUAUUAGACUUAAUACGACGUAUAUACGCUGUCCAGCUAUCUUCAUCAGUGAAAUCUACAAUUGAAAGUUCCAUCCAGGCAUUGCUAUUCAUGGUUUUACCGCAUUUGCACACGCUCGCGAAUGAAUUGAGUCGAAAAUUACUUGCUGUUUGUCCUAGCUCCCUUAUGCUGGUCUUGUCGUCCAUGCUAGAUUAUGUUAAUGAUUGUCUUCUUUCGGAGGCUACUCAUGAUGGUGUCUUUUGCACGUCGCUUCAACUCAUUUCUGACUUUCUGGAGAAGAUGCAUGCUGAUAUUCCUCUUCCAAAGUAUGAAAAUGUCGUAGCUUUGGCAUUAGAAAGGAUUACCGAAUCACAAAACCGGGCUUCUGGUGAAGCUGUUGAGAGUGGUCCAGAUCAGAUGCGUGCUACCAAGAAACGCAGAACUUUAGCCGGAAGCCAGACAGGCGACUCCUUAAUUUCAUCUGUUUCUUCCGGAUUUUCUAUGGAUGAUAGAUGUCUUACUCAUUGCUUUUCCUUUUUGAGUUCUGUUUUAAAGAAUAGCAUCAGUCUACCCAGAAUGCUUAGGACUAAAAUCGAUCGUACUAUUCUCCAGCUUGUCCUUGCGAAACCAACACCAGAUGCCCUCACUCAUUUACAUGAUUUGUUAAUUGCAUCUAUUUUGGCACCUGGGGACUGCCAAGCUAUCAUUUUACCACAUGCUUUACAUGUCCUAACAGGACCCCUAGGAAUAAUGCAUGCGUCACCGGUUGUUUCUUCCCAUGCAGGGCAAUAUUUGAAAACUUUUGAGGUAUUAUUGCACCCCAGGUUUCCACCUCUUCAGAAACGACUUCCAGUAUAUGAAGAAGAAAGUGCUUUUGAGUCCCGAUUUGAGCCUAUAUCCGCUAUAUCCCGAAACUCUCCAGUGUUACAGCCACUAGGGUUAUCUGGAUUUUCCACCAACACUCUUGGUGGAAACAAGGAAGCCAGACAUGACGAUUCCGAGGUUAAAGCUCAUUUGGAGCAUAGCAAGUUGUCUACUUCUCAAGACAACGGGACCUACCUAGCAUCUGACAGGAUUACAAACGAGUCGGAUGAAUUAAAACAAGGUCAAGACGGAAUUGAAAACAAACAGAAUGCGUAUGAAUCUAAUCAAAGCACAGAAGAGACCGUCUCUUUUUCGAGAACCGAGCAAAAUGAAGAGGAUACUGAAACGGCAGUUGGAGACACUAAGCACACUACAACUACAACUACGACCGAUGAUGAUGAUGAUGAAAUUGAUUUAUCAAUUAACGCUUCAGUUGACACGGAUGGAGAAGAACCUGUGAUACAUGAAGAAGUAACCACGAUCGAACAUGCGUCUCAGAAACAAGAUCUUGCUGAAAAAGAGAGCCUGGGAAAUAGAGGUAGUUCAGCAUCUUUAUAUCGUUUUAACAGUGUUGACCAAGGAAGUACUGGGUUAAAGGACGAUGAAAUAACAAGUCCUUCUGAGAAUAAUGUUUCCAAAGGCGAUGACCGUGCCGAUGAAGACAAUGAAUCUUUACCUAGUAUUAAUUUGGAUUCGGACAGUGAUUGA